ACCCGAAAUAGUUAAGUUUUGCAGCGAUCUACUAAGUGUGCAAUCAACGUUGGCAUAUAUAUACAUACAAAAUUUUAAAGAAAAGUGAACGUAUGAAAUAAACAACGCGAAAUUGAAAUUAUAGCAAUCUAAACUUUGCCGCAUCAGCGUCUGUGUGUCAUUCCUAUAAAGAGAGAGCGCUACAGAUUGAGAGAAGCUGUCAACAAACGCGAAAUACUACAGCCAAACGUAAUAGUAAAACGAACGAAUUCUCCCAAGUGUGUUGUGAGCAACGGCGCAAUCGCACUCAGCACAUAUUCCACAGACUAAAGCAGAGCAGAGCGAAUUGUCGCUUCGGUCUUGCCAGCACCGGAAGGCGACGCGUGUUUCAGAUUGACGAUAGCCAGCAACGCGUCAAGUAUGCUUUUUAGCAACGUGCGCGUAAAACAAUAGGCGACAGAGACAUACAUAGCUACAACAAAGUAACGAACGUAAGCAAAUAGAUAGAAGUGGAAAGAGUGAGAGAGAGUAAAUGGAUGUUUGCCACCCACAGCACUAGCGCUGAGCAAACCAUAGCGAAUGUGUGAAGUGCCCGCCGACUAACUCACUCACACAUAUAAACAUACACACUCACACAACCACAAUCGACCAACAUACAGAAACUCUCGCACGCGAAACACAACAAAACGGAACGUGAAGAGAAAAAACGCCCACCGUGUAGCCCUUCCCCCUCCGUUCGCUGCUAACUUGUGUUACCGUUGCCAGAAGCAACCAUCACGUCACAGUCCCCUAAGCGGCUGAAGAAGAGAGCCUCCGUUGGAGCCCUGCGCAGAAAUCGAUUUUUUUUGGCAAUUUUCGUACGUGCUUCGCUUACGAAGUCAACCUCAACCAUAAUUCGUUUAAAACACAGACACAUUGUGUCCAAAUGUAUGCAAACGAGGCCUAAGCGCUGCAAAUGCACUGCAAUUGCGAAUUCAUGUGAAUAGCUAAAACCGAACAGGUUAACUGCAACGCGAUCGAUCGGCGAUACCGAUGCCGAAAACGAAAACGAUACUCACGCUGUCGCUGCCCCACCCACCCUCGCGUCCUGUGUAAAUGUGAAUGUUAAUGUGUGCGCAAAAGCAACGGCGAUCGGUGGUAAACGCAAGCUGUUUAUCGACAAGUGCACCAUAAACAGCCCAAAAUAAAAUGAAUAAAGCGAAAAGCAAAUAAUAAAAAAAAGUGCUAAGAAAAAGUUUUUCGGGUAUAAAUCCUACGCAUUGUUAAAAAAUAAAUAUCUGUGCACAGGCAGCAGCUAAAAUAUAUAUUUAUUUAUAUACAUACAUAAACGUAAUUUCUUGUUGCCGUUGUUUAAGCAAUCGCCGUGAGUCAUAAUUUAACGUUUUUGUUGUUGCUGCUCACCACUUGACUUGGCUGCCUGGCAUUGAGGUGCUUGCUGGCUCUGCUCUGCUACUGCCACUGUAGUCGCUAGACGCUCUCUUUGCGGACUCUCUUGAGCGCUAAACACGCGCGCCGUUAACGAAAAAGGCAAAAAGGAAAACGAUAUAUAAAAUAUAUACAUAUAUAUGUUGGAGCAUAUAUUUAUAUAUACAUACAUACAUCUAUAUAGAUAUGUGUGUCUGCUUGUAUUAUUAAGCAAAAAGUGAGGUGCGUGUAACAAACAAAAUACCAGAAAGCAGCAAACAAACAAACUAAGGACAAAUGUUAAAAGAAGAAGUCGUAUUUAUUUAGGGCAUGCGAAAUACCAUUUAGCGGCCACAAAAAUCUACGAAAAAUCAAUAGUCGUCACUUUGUAAGCAGCAAAAAAAUAGAAUUAGCAAAACGCGUGCAAACAAGUUAAGCAACAAACGAGCGACGCUACAAAAGUUGACAGUUAACUGCUAAACGAACACACGAAUAUAACAAAGCUUACGUAAAAGCUCAAGUGAAACUAUAAAUGCAAUUGCCACUGCAAUCGCAAUUUUCAAUCUGCCAUUAGCUAAAUAUACGAAAAACACAAAAACACAAACUAAAAUAUCAACGAAUUAGGCCGUAAAACAAAUUGAAAAUAAACAAAAAAUAAAAAUCAACUAGUUUUGCUUCCCGCUUGAAGCUCUGUCAAAAACGCAAUGACGAAAGACAGAUUAGCCGCCUUGCACGCCGCCCAGUCGGACGAUGAGGAGUCGGAGGAUGUGGCCGUCAAUGUGGAUGGCCAUGAUUCCUAUAUGGAUGAUUUCUUUGCCCAGGUCGAGGAGAUACGAGGCAUGAUUGAUAAGGUCCAGGACAAUGUAGAGGAGGUGAAAAAGAAACAUUCGGCCAUAUUGUCAGCACCACAAUCGGAUGAGAAAACCAAACAGGAGCUGGAGGACCUAAUGGCCGAUAUCAAGAAGAACGCGAAUCGUGUGCGUGGCAAACUCAAGGGCAUCGAGCAGAAUAUUGAACAAGAAGAGCAACAGAAUAAAUCAUCGGCCGAUUUACGUAUACGCAAAACGCAACACUCGACGCUGUCGCGAAAAUUUGUCGAGGUCAUGACCGAAUAUAAUCGGACCCAGACCGAUUAUCGAGAGCGCUGCAAGGGCAGAAUACAGCGUCAACUGGAGAUAACGGGACGUGCGACCACAAACGAGGAGCUGGAGGAUAUGUUGGAGCAAGGAAAUCCAGCUGUUUUCACUCAGGGCAUCAUCAUGGAAACGCAGCAGGCCAAGCAAACACUGGCCGAUAUCGAGGCCAGACACGCGGACAUCAUGAAGCUGGAGACAUCCAUCAAGGAGCUGCACGACAUGUUCAUGGAUAUGGCAAUGCUGGUGGAGUCGCAGGGCGAGAUGAUCGAUCGCAUUGAGUAUCAUGUGGAGCACGCUAUGGACUAUGUGCAGACAGCAACUCAGGACACUAAAAAGGCGCUCAAAUAUCAAAGCAAAGCGCGACGAAAGAAGAUCAUGAUACUGAUAUGCUUGACUGUGUUGGGUAUCUUAGCGGCUGCAUAUGUUAGCAGUUAUUUCAUUAUCAAAGCAAGCAAGUAGCAUGCAUAAACAAACAUUGUAUUUUCACUAAAAACAAACAAAACAACCACAAAAAAACACCUAAAAUGUUUGACAAUGAGCAAUGCUUAAGCCUAAGUACGAAUUGCACCCAGAAAGCACUUUCAAUACAAAUAACAAAAACAGAAUCCAAACAAAGACAACAAGGCGAA